CUACCCAUCCCACCCACCACCCCGCCGGCCAAGAUGUUCGGCCGCGCCCCCAAGAAGAGCGACAACACCAAGUACUACGAGGUGCUCGGGGUGCCCAAGAACGCCGCCCAGGACGACCUCAAGAAGGCCUACCGCAAGGCCGCCAUCAAGAACCACCCCGACAAGGGCGGAGACCCCGAGAAGUUCAAGGAGCUGGCACAAGCCUAUGAGGUUUUGAGUGACCCUGAGAAGCGUGAGAUCUAUGAUCAGUAUGGUGAAGAUGCUCUCAAGGAGGGAAUGGGUGGAGGAGGAGGUGGUGGAGUUGAUCCAUUUGACAUCUUCUCAUCAUUUUUCGGGCCCUCUUUUGGAGGUGGUGGUGGUGGCAGCAGCAGGGGCAGAAGGCAAAGGAGGGGAGAGGAUGUUGUCCAUCCACUUAAAGCUUCUCUAGAAGAUCUUUACAAUGGUACUUCGAAGAAGCUCUCUCUUUCCCGCAGCGUCCUCUGCUCCAAGUGCAAGGGCAAGGGCUCCAAGUCUGGUGCUUCCAUGAGGUGCCCAGGUUGCCAGGGUUCAGGCAUGAAAGUGACUAUUCGUCAGCUGGGGCCUUCCAUGAUACAGCAGAUGCAGCAGGCCUGCAAUGAUUGCAAGGGCACCGGGGAGAGUAUUAACGACAAGGAUCGCUGCCCAGGCUGCAAGGGUGAGAAGGUUCUUCAGGAGAAGAAAGUUCUGGAGGUUCACGUUGAGAAGGGGAUGCAACACAACCAGAAGAUCACCUUCCCUGGUGAAGCUGAUGAGGCGCCUGACACUGUUACUGGAGACAUUGUAUUUGUCGUCCAGCAGAAGGAGCACCCGAAGUUCAAGCGAAAGGGCGAUGAUCUCUUCUAUGAGCAUACCAUAUCUCUCACUGAAGCUCUUUGUGGGUUCCAACUCGUCCUGACCCAUCUGGACAACAGGCAGCUGCUCAUUAAAUCAAACCCUGGUGAAAUUGUCAAGCCUGAUUCAUUCAAGGCAAUCAGCGACGAGGGAAUGCCGAUGUACCAGAGG